AUGAAGGAGCGAACCAACCGAACACGAGAGCUUCAGCGCUGGGAUGGCGGACCCUCCGCCACCUCCGUCCACUUCAACUGCCGCACCCACACGACUGACGAGGACUGCGAUGCGCACAUGCAAGACGCGGAGGACGCCGCAAGCCCACGAUUUCUGCUGCACUCGCCCACCACCAGCGACGAGGAGCGAGCGACCGCUGCCGCCCAGGCUCAGUCCCAGGCCGGCGACGGAGUUGCCUCCUCCGCUAUGACCGGCAGUGACCGGGAACUUCACCAUCACCACCACGGCGGCCACCUCAAUCUCGCCACUCAAUCUCCUGACGGCGGAGUGAGCGACGAAUCUGGAGAUGAGAGCGACCGUGCGACUGCGGACGCGAGUAGCGGCAGCGACAACGACGACGAUGCCGAUGCCCGACACCACCGUGGCGACGAUGACGACAACGAUCGAGACGUCGACGAUGAUAGUGACAACGAUGACGAUGAUGACGACCUGGACGAGGCCGACGGCCGACUUCACCACCGUCGGCACAACCCCGCUGCCGCUGCAGUGGCCUCGUCUGCGGCGUCAAGCUCCUCUAGGAGGGACUCGCCGUCGUUGCUGCCCCUGCCGCCUCCCACUACCACCACCUCCACCUCCACCUCGACUUCGUCCUCUUCGGGGCAACACUACGGCGCGUCGAUGUGCUAUGGGACCACGCCGCUGCGGCUGAUGGGUCCCCGCUUCGCCGAUGUGCCGCCGUGGCUCCGCGAUUCCGCCGAGCGGAAGGACGACCUACCAUCGCUCCACGACGAGAUAAUUUCGUUCUGCAAGUGGGUGUCGCCGUCGGCCGAGGAGAAGCAGAUGCGGGAGGACGUGAUCGCGCGGAUAUCCAAGGUCGUGGAGACCUUGUGGCCCAGCGUGCAGCUGCGGGUGUUCGGCUCGUGCGCCACCGACAUCUACCUGCCCACCAGCGACAUCGACCUCUGCAUCAUGGGCGCCAACGCCUGCAGCCCAUCGCCCAUCGACGAACUCGCCUCCGCCCUUCGCCGGCGCUCCAUGGGCCGAGUGCAAGCCAUUGCUACCGCGCGUGUGCCGAUCAUCAAGUUGGUCGACGCCGCGACCGGGUGUUUGGUUGACAUCAGCUUCGACGUGCCCACGGGUCCCGCCCACAUCAACCUCAUCAAGAGGUACUUAGACGAGGAGCCUUCGGUGAAGCCGCUCGCCCUGCUCAUCAAGUACUACCUCAAGCAAUUCGGAAUGAACGAGCCCUACACCGGCGGUCUCGGAUCCUACGCGCUCAUCAUCAUGAUCAUCUCCUACCUCCAGUUGCACAAGCCUCGCGCCGUGGAGAAGCAGCAGGACCUCGGCGUGCUGUUCCUGGGCUUUCUCAAGCUCUACGGCCAAGAGUUUAACUACUUCCGUACGGGCCUGUCGAUUCGAGACGGGGGCUAUUACUUCCCCAAGGCCCAGCGGAACUGGGUCGACUGGCAGCAGCCCUGGCUGCUGUCGGCGGAGGAUCCCUGCUUCCCUGAGAACGACAUCAGCCGCAUGUCGUAUGCGAUCAUGGACGUGCGCGGCUGCUUGGCCAACGCGUACAAGGUGCUGAUCUCGAAGGAGCCCAGCUACAGCGCGCCCUCGCUGCUGUGCCGCAUCCUCCUCCAGGACGAGAAGAUGAUGGAGCAGCGCGACUUUGUGCGCCACCACUACCGAUGCGGCCUCCCCAUCUUGCCCCACCUCGCCACCGCCCCCGUGUCCUCGACCCAUGCCGCCGCGCACCGCCACCCGCCGGCUGUCAGCUGGCGCAGCGACAAGUCCUCGAAGUCCCGUCCGCCCGCCACCACGACCUACGCCGCCAAGUCUGCGUCGGCCUCGAGUAUCGACAGCGUGGUCGUCGAGCGACGAGCGGCACCCGCGUCGGCUACACAGCAACCGCAGCAGGCCAAGUCGCAGCAGCAGCAGCCGCGUACCGGCGACUGGGUGAGCCUCGUCAUGAAGAACGCCGGCAGCAACAACGGCCCAGCGGGUCCGCGGGCCUCGAAGGGCGGCAAGCCCCAGCACGGCAGCAGCAGGGCUCACGGUGACUCGGCCUCCUCGAGGGAGGGCGACGACAAGGAGGACCUUACCUGGCGCCGGAAUCCGCCUGGCACCAAGCCCGCACCCUCCUCCUCGUCAUCCCGCUCGUCGAAUUCGUCGUCAUCGUCGCGCACGUCGGCCACAGCGGCACGACGAAGCGGAAGCGGACGGUGGGAGCGGUCUUCAUCGUCGUCUUCGUCGUCGUCUUCCAAUGGUGACCGAAGAGACCGACGAGUCGCCCAGCCUGCUUCAUCUUCAUCUUCAUCCUCAGCGUCGUCUUCCGCCUCGCGAGGUCGAGGCGCUGUGAGGCAAAAGGGCGCGAGUGCUGGUGCUGACGUCAGCACCAGCAAGAGGGCGAGUGACGAGGUAGCGACGGUGCCCCGCCGACGAUCCAGCAUGCGCCGGCCGAACCCCGCCUCGCCGUCGUCAGCGUCGGCGGUGCCGCCCGCCGCGACGGCCACACUCGAGCCGCGCAAGCGAUCGCGAGCUGCGGACAGUCCGAUGGAGGCCAUCAUAAACAACAUCCUCAUCGCCAACCAGCACCACAACAACAGCGACCACACCUCUUCCGUGGCCCUCGCGACGCCCAACCUGAUCGGUGUCGGCAGCGACAACGGCGACCACGAAGGCGCCGACGCCAACGGCCAGCGCAGCAAGGCCCGCAAUCAGAAGCAGAAGAGGUAA